CCUGGUCUACACAGUGAGUUUCAGAACAGCCAGGGCUACACAGAGAAACCCUGUCUCAAAAAAAACCAGAAAACUACAAGCAUACAAAACAUUUUUAGGGUUUGAUGGCAGAUUUAAUGGCAUGUCACUGCAAAUUCCUGUCUCUUUGUAGUGAGUAAUAAACAUAUUUCUUUUUAGCUCUUUAUGUAUAAUUUACUUGACCCAAAAAUUGGUUUGUAUAAGUAGGACUGGCCAGAACUGGUUUUCAUGUUGUGUUAUAACUUAAGAACUGAAAGAUGUAAUUGAAGCAGAGGAAGAGUCAGGGACACAGGCAUGUGAAGACAAGCUGGAGAGAGGAAGUUUGCUCUUGGUCCAUCAUCUUGUCUGAUGCCCCUUGAAGCAAGACAUCCCUUUCCUAUUCCCCACAGCUAUUUGUAUUGUGAAUUAAAAGGUAUGUAGAAGCCGCCCUUUCCUUUUCCUCUUCCGGGGACGGUGCUUAGAGGCACUCAGAAUGGUCCAGCGUUUGACAUACCGUCGUAGGCUUUCCUACAACACAGCCUCUGACAAAACCAGGCUGUCUCGAACCCCUGGCAACAGGAUUGGUUACCUUUAUACCAAGAAGGUUGGAAAAGCACCUAAAUCGGCAUGCGGUGUGUGCCUAGGCAGGCUUCGAGGGGUUCGUGCUGUGAGACCGAAAGUCCUUAGGAGGAUGUCUAAGAUGAAGCAUGUCAGCAGGGCCUAUGGUGGGUCCGUGUGUGCCAAGUGUGUCCGUGACAGGAUCAAGCGGGCUUUCCUUAUUGAGGAGCAGAAAAUUGUUGUGAAGGUGUCGAAGGCACAAGCACAGAGUCAGAAAGCGAAAUAAAUAUGCAGCUUUUUAAAUAAAAAAAAAAAGGUAUAUAGAAUAUAUAUGCUGAAAACCUGGAAAUACAGCAUUUAAAUUUUAAUUGGAUUUUUGGGGAGAAAGAGUGAUUUUCUCCUAAUUGGAAAACUCGUCAAGGAGUAAUUCCCUAUUUGUGCAUAGGACACAGAUACCACAUAAGUCACUGGUAAUACCAAUAAACAUAUUGACACACAAAUGAGAUUGUGAAUAAAUUAAUGCUAUUUGAGGUGAUGGAGAUAUAUAUGGAGGCCUUUUGUUUUCUUGGGGAUCAGAUGUGGUUUAGUUUGUAAACUUUCUUCUGGUU